GAGAAUGUGGGGAUACUGCCAAUAGGAACGUAUCUCAGAGGUUGAGAUUUCCGGACAGAAUUUGGGGACGGAUCUGGUCAUUGACGUCACAUCCCGUCCCAUGGCCGCUGCCGAGAGACAUGACAUUUGUCCCAUUUGUCCACUGUCUAAUGUUUAUCCAAACCCGAGAUAUCUUGGCCCACAGAUGUAAGAAUUAACUGCACAGCUAAUACCAAGCUCAUAAGAAAAACAUAGGUAUUAAUUUGCCCAAGUCAUGAUGAGACCUGUAAUUUAUCUUAAGAUCUGAAGUGGUCAACUAGCGUUUACGUGGGCAGUGCUAAGUAGCAGACUGGAAGAGAAAGUAUGGCAGCUUCAAGAACUGGACGCCUGCUCUUAGCCCGACUGCUCGGGACAUCUACGAAACAACUUGUUUGGGCAUCUGCUUCACCCUUUUGGUCUGUUCCUCGCAGGGGAUAUUGGCGACCUGGUCAACCCAGGGAGAGAAAAUGGUUAUGGCAAAGGAUUAACUUUGAUUUCGCUAAAGGGGUAGAUGGAGUGCGGAAAAACGUGGGACUGUUAAAAGAUGAGUUUCUGCAGCGCUGGGUCGGACCUGAAGGCAAGCCUCUUCUUGAGCACAUGUUAGAGCAGACGCGGGUGUUGUGGGAAUUUCGUGGACCAGAGAGCCUGAAUCAGUGGCUUGUUUCCUCUGAUCGGGAAAUUGGUGGUCGCAGCGAGGUCUAUCUGAAACUGGGUAGAAACAACAAUACCUGUCUUCUGUACGGCACGCUAUGCUCUGCCCCGCCAAGGGAUGGAGAAACUCGCUACAGUGGGUACUGCACGAUGCGCUCAGAGCAGCUUCGUGCCUCGUUUGAUAGGAAGAAACACCACGACGUGUCCAACUUUAACACGUUACAUUUGCGUGUACGUGGUGACGGGCGACCUUGGAUGAUAAACAUCGGAGUAGAGAACUACUUCCACCAUCAGAGAGAUGACAUCUAUAGCUAUUUUCUAUAUACACGCGGGGGCCCAUACUGGCAAGAUGUCAAGAUCCCAUUUUCUAAGUUUUUCCUGGCCACCCGUGGGAGAAUACAGGACGAUCAACACUGUCUUCUACUAGACAAAAUGAACACCAUUGGAUUCACACUUGGGGACAAAGCAGACGGGCCAUUCCAGCUGGAGAUUGAUUUCAUUGGAGUGUGUAACGACCCUGCCCACACUGAGGACUUUGCUUAUGAGGUUUAUAAGAGAAAUCCAGAAGUGUGACAGGCAUCGCACAGAUCAUUAUAUCACACCAUCUUAAAUAUCCGACUGUUGUAAAUUAUAUUACAGUAUUGUCCAGAAAACAGACAAAGCAUAAUAAUUCCAUCUAGCUAUUUAAUGAAACCAUUUUCAUAAUAAAAGCACUGAAUUUGAAAAAAAGUUUUUUUUUCCCCUCUCCCAAUGUAGGCCAUUCCUUAUCUAAGACUCAGUUUCAAUAGCAAUAGUUUUAAAAACAAAAAUAGAAAGUUUUUUUUU